UACGCCUGCGAAGCGUAUCUCGGUUGGAGUCGCAACCAGAGCGGAUUCAACAUGGCGGACCUGAAAAGACCGGCAAUGAUCGACCCGUCGCAACUCCUGCGGCCGGAAGAAUCAUUCAACGGCAAACCAAUAGACGCGUUCCGAGACUACUCCGUCGACGACGAAGACCCCAUCAAGAUGCGCGUACGCAAGACAUACUACGACAUGCACACCAACAUGACUGUCGAUUUGUGCAGGCAGAAACGAGCAAACUGGCUGAAGUUCAACCAUUUCAAAGCCACCAUCAAGGAGGCUUUGAUCAAACUAAACGAGCUGGUGGACGAGUCUGACCCUGACACGGACCUGCCCAACAUUGUGCACGCCUUCCAGACUGCCGAGAGGAUCCGGGAGGACCAUCCUGACGAUGACUGGUUCCAUCUCACUGGCUUGAUACAUGAUUUGGGGAAGGUGAUGGCGUUCUACGACGAGCCUCAAUGGUGCGUGGUGGGAGACACGUUCGUGCUGGGCUGCAAGUGGGCAGAGUCCAUCGUCUACGGCCCUGAGAGCUUCAAGGACAACCCUGAUACGUACAACGCUAAGUACAACACCAAAUACGGGAUGUAUUCCCCCCACUGUGGGCUGGAGAACCUCCUCAUCUCGUGGAGCCACGACGAGUACAUGUACCAGUUCCUCCAGCACAAUAAAGCCAAGAUCCCUGAAAAAGGACAGUACAUGAUCAGGUACCACUCGCUGUAUCCAUGGCAUGCCGGUGGAGACUACCGGCACCUCACCAACGAGAAGGAUGAGGAGAUCCUUAAGUGGGUGCUCGAGUUCAACAAAUACGACUUGUACACGAAGAGCGAGAAGAUCCCAGAUAUUGAGGCCCUGUGGCCUUAUUACGAGGGCCUUAUUGACAAGUACAUUCCUGGUGUCUGCGAAUGGUAAUGUUCACGACAUUGCAGUCUACUUUGAGGCCUUAAACUAGAGCAAUAGAUUCAAAAUAGAUUGUAAUAAGUACCUGCAGCUUUUAGAAUAAACGGGCCUAAAGGCCCCAAUACUGUUUUUAAGCUUACCGCUAGAUUUUAACAAAUUGUUAACUAAAUUAAAUUAAAAUUUAUUUCUUUUAUUAUUUAAUUAAGGCCCAUAUUUUCCCAUAUUGUUUGUAAGUAGGUACUUAUUAAUUCCUAAAUAUUUUCUUCGUACAUACCUAUAUAACUAUGUAGUAGGUACCUAAAGUAUUUUUAUCAGUAUCGACAAAUAUUAUGUGUAAAUAAAUACCUAAAUAAGAUCAGUUGUCAAUUGGACAAAGUUCCCAGUGAUACUCUGUAAGCAUGCCUAUACGCAUGUCAUUUGUAACAUUAAUUAAACAUAUUUGUAAAUUAUAUCGUGUAUAAGUAAGAUAAUGAAUAAAAUAAUCAACAGUGAUAAAAUUAAA